UUCACGAUGGCGGGUCCUGUCAGCUUGCGAGAGCUGCUCAUGGGAGCCUCGGCCUGGAUGGGCUCGGAAAGCCCGGGAGCGUCUCCCACAGAAGGCGGAGGCACCGUAGCUGGCGCAUCGGAGCCUCCGUGGCGAGAGGAUGAGAUCUGCGUGGUGGGAAUCUUCGGCAAGACGGCUCUGCGCCUCAAUUCCGAGAAGUUUUCUCUUGUGAACACCGUGUGCGACCGGCAGGUUUUCCCCCUCUUUCGCCAUCAGGAUCCAGGGGAUCCAGCGCCCGGAAUCAAGCCGGAAGCUGGCGCCGUCGAGGAGGCCGGUGGAGCUGGGGACCCAGGUGCUGCGUCCGGGGAUCCGGUUCGGGGAACUUCAGCUGCUACGGAAGGUAAUCGGACUGAGCCGGGUUCCCAGGACUUCAGCCUUUUGCAGGCCUAUUACAAUCAGGAAAGCAAAGUUCUCUAUCUUCUUCUCACUUCCAUCUGCGACAAUUCACAACUUCUGCGGGCAUGUAGGGCCCUUCAGAGCGGUGAAGCUGGAGGAGGCCUGUCUUUGCCUCAUGCCGAAGCUCACGAGUUCUGGAAGCAUCAGGAGAAGUUACAGUGCCUCAGUCUCCUUUACCUUUUCUCCGUCUGUCAUAUCUUGCUGUUGGUCCAUCCUACUUGUUCCUUUGACAUCACUUAUGAUCGAGUUUUCAGAGCCUUGGAUGGGCUGAGACAAAAAGUACUGCCCCUCCUCAAAACAGCCAUUAAGGAUUGCCCAGUCGGAAAAGACUGGAAGCUAAACUGCCGGCCUUGCCCACCUAGACUUCUUUUCCUCUUUCAAUUGAAUGGAGCCCUCAAGGUGGAACCCCCGCGGAGUCAAGAUACAGCUCAUCCAGACAAACCCAAGAAGCAUUCACCCAAGAGAAGACUGCAGCAUGCACUGGAGGACCAGAUCUAUAGAAUCUUCCGCAAGAGUCGAGUCUUGACUAAUCAGAGUAUCAACUGCCUCUUUACUGUACCUGCCAACCAAGCAUUUGUGUACAUAGUCCCUGGAUGCCAAGAGGAGGACCCAGUAGGCAUGUUACUGGACCAACUUAGGAGUCAUUGUACAGUGAAGGACCCUGACUCCUUGCUGGUGCCUACACCCCUUUCUGGGCCUAGGCGAUACCAGGUGAUGAGGCAGCAUAGCAGACAACAACUUUCCUUCCACAUUGAUAGCACCAGCUCCAGUUCUUCGGGCCAGCUAGUGGAUUUUACUCUUCGGGAAUUCCUAUGGCAGCAUGUGGAGCUGGUCCUAAGCAAGAAAGGUUUUGAUGACAGUGUAGGCAGGAACCCUCAGCCAUCCCAUUUUGAACUUCCCACUUACCAGAAGUGGAUCUCAGCAGCUGCAAAGCUGUACGAAGUGGCUAUUGAUGGGAAAGAAGAGGACUUGGGGUCACCCACUGGGGAGAUAACGUCUAAGAUUUUAAGCAGUAUUAAAGUCUUGGAAGGGUUUUUGGAUAUCGACACAAAAUUCUCAGAAAACCGGUGUCAGAAAGCUUUACCCAUGGCUCAUAGUGCCUACCAGUCAAAUUUGCCUCAUAAUUACACAAUGACAGUCCAUAAGAAUCAGCUUGCCCAGGCUCUUCGAGUGUACAGUCAACAUGCUAGAGGUCCAGCCUUUCAUAAAUAUGCCAUGCAGUUACACGAGGACUGCUACAAGUUUUGGAGCAAUGGCCACCAGCUCUGUGAAGAGAGAAGUUUAACUGAUCAACACUGUGUACAUAAAUUUCACUCAUUACCUAAGUCAGGAGAAAAACCUGAGGCUGAUAGAAAUCCCCCUGUGCUGUAUCACAAUAGCCGAGCUCGAUCCACUGGUGCCUGUAACUGUGGAAGGAAACAAGCACCUCGAGAUGAUCCCUUUGAUAUUAAGGCAGCUAACUAUGACUUCUAUCAGCUUCUGGAAGAAAAAUGUUGUGGGAAGUUGGAUCAUAUCAAUUUUCCAGUAUUUGAACCAAGUACUCCAGAUCCUGCUCCUGCUAAAAAUGAGUCCUCUCCUGCCCCUCCAGAUUCAGAUGCUGAUAAGCUUAAAGAAAAAGAACCUCAAACUCAAGGAGAGAGUACAAGCCUGAGUUUAGCUUUAAGUUUGGGCCAGUCCACAGAUAGCUUAGGUACUUACCCAGCUGAUCCACAAGCAGGAGGAGACAACCCAGAAGUUCAUGGUCAAGGGGAAGUAAAACCUGAGAAGAGACCAAACUUGGUUGAUCGACAGGCAUCCACAGUUGAAUAUCUUCCAGGAAUGCUACAUUCAAAUUGCCCAAAAGGUCUCCUACCCAAAUUCUCAAGUUGGUCUUUGGUUAAACUAGGUCCUGCUAAGUCUUAUAACUUUCAUACAGGUUUGGACCAACAGGGCUUCAUUCCAGGAACAAACUAUCUAAUGCCUUGGGACAUUGUCAUUAGGACUAGAGCUGACGAUGAAGGAGACUUAGACACAAAUUCAUGGCCUGCUCCAAAUAAAGCUAUUCCUGGAAAAAGAAGUGCCAUCGUAAUGGGAAGAGGAAGACGACGAGAUGACAUAGCUCGAGCUUUUGUGGGCUUUGAAUAUGAAGAUUCUCGAGGUCGGAGAUUUAUGUGCUCGGGGCCUGAAAAAAUAAUGAAAGUGAUGGGCAGUGGACCAAAGGAAUCAGCUUUAAAAGCUCUAAAUAGUGAUAUGCCCUUAUAUAUUCUGUCAUCAUCUCAGGGCAGAGGUCUAAAGCCACAUUAUGCUCAACUUAUGAGACUUUUUGUUGUGGUUCCAGAUGCUCCUUUGCAGAUAGUACUCAUGCCUCAGGUUCAGCCAGGUCCACCACCAUGUCCAGUAUUUUAUCCAGAAAAACAAGAAAUCACUCUUCCUCCUGAUGGCCUUUGGGUCUUGAGAUUUCCUUAUGCAUAUGUGACCGAGAGAGGACCUUGUUUCCCUCCUAAGGAAAAUGUACAGUUAAUGAGUUAUAAGGUGCUCCGUGGAGUUCUUAAAGCUGUGACACAAUAAGAGUUUUUCAACCAGUUCAAGCCUUAACCAAAGCUGGUUUUUGGUUUUGGUGUGAGGUUUUUGUGUUGUUGUGGUAUAUGUAUACUGUGUUUUUCCCAAACCCAAAUGUGUUUUGGUUACAGGUUUCAGUAUUUGUAUAAUAAUUCUUUCACUAUUUCAUUACAUUGUUGAUAUUUAUUGCCAAUGGGGUUACAGCUUCCUAAUAAAGACUGGCUUAGUUGUAGA